AUGUCAGGGGCAGAGGAGGUGUGCGUGGGGCCUGAGCAGGAGAUGCAGUGCCAACCCCCCGCCUGCUCUGGGGGCCACUCCGAAGGCAGGGAAGCCAAGACCAAGAAGAGCCGCUCCUCCCGCUCCUCCCGGGCCGGGCUGCUCUUCCCCGUGAGCCGCAUCGACAGGCAGCUGCGCAGAGGCCUCUUUGCCCGGCACUUUUCAGCCAGGGCCCCCGUCUACCUGGCUGCGGUGCUGCAGUGGGUGACGCACAAGAUCGUGGACGCGGCUGCCGUUGUUUGCAAGAAGAGCAAGCAGAAGCGCAUUUCUCCAUCCCAUAUGGAGGCGGCGCUGCAAAGUUGCUCUGGGCUGCAGCAGCUCCUGCGAAGGGCUGCGAGGCCCAGGCGCCGCGGCAGGGCCGUCCGCCAGGGAAAGCGCGAGGCCUCACCCUCCAGGAAGAAGACCACCAAGAGGAAGAGCAAGAAGAGAUGCCCCGGGCGAAGGGCUGCAUCUGCCCGUACCACCGCUGCUGUCCACUGA